AUGCAGUGGCGACGGCGACACUGCUGUCCAAUCAAGAUGAUAUGGAAUAUCAAGCGGUCACUCUUCUGUAUUCACACGAUGGGCCUGCUUUUGCUGGCCAUACUUUUCACCAUCUUUCUCAGCUGCAAAGAUUGGCUAUCCAGUCAACCAGGACUACGAGAAAACCCUGUGGCUUACACAAUGCAUGGAUUGCAUCCAGUAAAGGAACAUGCUGAGGGCAACCAAAGUCUCUGGAGGGAGUCACUUUUUGUUCCUUCUAAGCCACCUAUGAAUUUCAGUUCUCACCAGUCAGAGGUUGCGGUCCAAAGCAUCUCAGGAAUGGAAACAUCUCUCAGCACUAACAAUACAAAUGGUAAUACCUUGCACAGAGAAAUGGGUGUGGGAGAACAGCUGGUACCUAAUCCAUACCGGUAUUUACUGAAUGAGCGCUACAAAUGUCAAGACAGGAGCCCCUUUCUCAUUCUGCUCAUUGCAGUAGACCCAGUGCAUGUGGAGGCCAGGAAUGCCAUCAGACAAACAUGGGGAAAUGAGAGCAUGUUCAUGGACGUGGGUUUUGUGCGUCUCUUUCUCUUGGGUGUAAAAAGUAGUCUCACUGACCACCUUCAGAGUGCCCUUGUGGAAGAAAGCUUCCAGCACCAUGAUAUCAUACAGCAGGACUUCAUGGACACCUACUACAAUCUUACCAUCAAAACGCUGAUGGGCAUGAACUGGGUUGCCGAUUACUGUCCUCAUACCAGGUAUGUCAUGAAAACUGAUAGUGACAUGUUUGUCAAUACAGAGUAUUUAAUCCAAAAGCUGCUGAAGCCAGAGUUACCACCUCAGCACAACUAUUUUACUGGCUACCUAAUGCGAGGUUACGCACCAAAUCGCAACAAAGACAGCAAGUGGUACAUGCCCCCAGAGCUUUAUUCCAGUGAGAGGUACCCCAUCUUCUGUUCUGGCACAGGUUAUGUGUUCUCUGGAGACAUGGCAGGCAAGAUCUACCAGGCAUCAUUAAGUAUACGUCGUCUGCAUCUUGAGGAUGUCUAUGUUGGGAUCUGCUUAGCAAAACUGCAUAUUGAUCCAGUGCCACCGCCAAAUGAGUUUCUCUUCAACCACUGGAGAGUUUCUUACUCAAGUUGCAAAUACAGUCACCUUAUCACUUCCCACCAGUUUCAUCCCAGUGAACUCAUCAAGUACUGGAACCACUUGCAAAGCAACAAGCACAAUGCUUGCCUCAACAUGGGAAAAGAGAAGAGUAGCAAAUUGCGUCAUAGAAAGCUGCAAUGGGAAAGGAUUCAGCGAUGA